AGGAGCGCAGCAGCCGGAGCGAGUGGGGACAAGCUCGCUGAACACCGGGCGUCUCGACAGGGACCCGAGGCUGCAGGACUGCUCCGAGACGCUGUGGUGGCGGCGGCGGCGGCGCCGGAGGACGCGGAGGACUCCCUGGCCACCCGCCCUCCGUGCGCUCUGCCACCGGGCGCUCAGCAGAGACCCCGGGCUGCGGCUGCACUCGCUGAGUUCCUCUCCCCGCCGCCGCAGCCCAGAGGCGCCCAGCACCUGGAGCUCACUGGAGCUGGGGGUCCGAGCUGAGCGGGCUGUUGUAAAGCCAAAAGACGAGUCAGUGACUGGGACCUCUGUCCUGGUGGCGGCGACGAGAAACGGUGAGCCCGAGGGGCGCAGGCACAGAACUGUCCAGCUCCGAGCACUGGGGUCCGCCAGCCGGCGGGGAAGGCAGCUGAGCGCGGAGGCGAGUGAGCGGACGCGUCCUGGGGUCUUUGCAGUCCCCGCCGGCCCCAAGGCACCGACUCUCGGUCAGUUGCGCGCGGCAGGGCGGGAGGGGCGCGCCAUGGAGGCGCCGGGUCGCGCCAGUAUGCUCCAGGCCAAGUGAAGCGGUCCGGCUGGGGUCGGCGGGACCCGCGGGCCAUGUACGGCGACAUAUUCAACGCCACGGGCGGCCCCGAGGCGGCGGUAGGCAGCGCGCUGGCCCCAGGAGCCACGGUCAAGGCAGAAGGCGCUUUGCCGCUGGAGCUGGCCACUGCACGCGGUAUGCGGGACGGCGCGGCCACAAAGCCCGACCUGCCCACCUACCUGCUGCUCUUCUUCCUGCUGCUGCUCUCGGUGGCGCUCGUCGUCCUCUUCAUCGGUUGCCAGCUGCGCCAUUCGGCCUUUGCCGCGCUGCCCCACGACCGCUCGCUGCGCGACGCCCGCGCGCCCUGGAAGACGCGGCCGGUGUAGCGUAGGGGACUGAGCCACGGCCGCCGGGCGCCCCGUCCCGACCUAGCCAAGAGCAGCCAGCUUGAGCCUGGUAGGGAGGGCAUGAAGCCGGGGAUCGCUGGUCCUUGGGAACACUGCGCCCUGACCCAAAGACCCUUCCUGAACUAGAGUGGCAACCCGAGAGGAAAGGGAAACCGAGAAGUCGGGAACCUGUGUAGGGUCUCGAUACCACUACCUGUAGGUACCGUGAUUCUGAUCCCCUGGCCAAAUCUUUCUUCCUCUGACCCGACAGAGGGUCCAGUCGGGAAACCUUCCCGAAAG